AUGGAGAAGAAAUUGUAUGAAGAUUUAGUGUGGAAACAAAAAAAACGAGGACCGUUGAAUUUCUGGAAAAAAGCCAUCCGAGAGUCCUCAUCGCGCCACGUGGCAAACGCCCGUUGGAGGCUGUCAGGUGGUGACGUCAGCGCUGGCGUCACGCUGACGCCAGCGCACGGAAGUCAAAUUUUUUUACCGUUGGCGCGUGAAUUACACGCGCCAACGGUAAAAAAACCGUGCGCUGACGUCACCAAACUCGGGCUUCAGCCCGGGCAAGACUUGCCCUUGGGCUUCCUCGGGCUCGUGGGACCCACCAUGAAACCGGGCUACGAGCCCUGCACUGGAGCCAUCUCGGGCUCUCUCUGGCAGCCUUUCACCCAAUUUGGGUUGGGCGCUGGAGAUGCUCUUAGAGGCUUACAAGUGGGAUGGAAGCGCUAUGAAUGGGCCCCUCAAAACAUUCUAACUAACCCAUGUUGUUUCCAAAAAUAA